CCAAGAAGAAGUGAAUAGUAGAGAGAGAGUGUGGAGAGAGAGCAACAAGGAGCCACGGCAAUCGAGUGAAUGUAAUUAACAACAAGCUGAAGGAGCCGGAGCUGUUGUCACAGCUGAAAGUUCAACAAAAAUGUUGCAACACGCCAAAGGACUAGCACACAACAAGGACACAGUCGCUACAAAAGCCGCCGCUAUCCAUUUCCAAUUAAAUUAAACGUAGCGACAAGGACACCACCUCAUCAACCACUUCCAUCUCAGCUGCACUCCGCUCCACUCCACUCCACUCCACUCCAUUACACGCUGUCUACACUCUACACUUGCUGCAACCUACAAUCAUCCAUCACUCCAUGCAACACGCAACGCUUGUGGCGCGUAAUGAGUACAUCCCUGAGUACAGCUUCAGCCGUUCUACAUGCACAACAACAACGCUUCUCCCCCAACGGAUUGCUGCUGCCGCUCUUCGUGCUGUCCCUCCAACAGCUGUUGCUGGCCACUUGCCAUGCCGAAGUCUUUACGCUGGGCUAUCUGACGGGCUCGCAACGACGUCCCGGCAAUCUGGACUAUCAGCGUCCUGGCAUCACCAUCUCCGGGGCCAUUUCGCUGGCCGUCGACCAGGUUAAUGCCGGCAAAUUGCGCUCCAUGGGACACUCGCUGCGCUUUGUUGUGGCCGAGACCUAUGGCGAUGAAGUGGCCAGCAUUCGACAGACAGCGGCGCUGUGGACACAACAGGUGGCCGCCUACAUUGGACCGCAGGAGACGUGUGUGCACGAGGGACGCAUGGCGGCUGCCUUUAAUCUGCCCAUGAUAUCCUAUUAUUGCACGCAUCGGGAUCCGUCCAAUAAGCUGGACUUUCCCACUUUUGCCCGCACUCGUCCGCCGGACACACAGAUCUCCAAGUCCGUUGUGGCUUUGCUGUUGGCCUUUAACUGGACGCAGGUCAGUUUCCUCUAUUUGGAUGAUGCCAGCAGUCAGUAUCAGCCGGUGGCAGAGACUAUACUCAGCACUUUGAGUGCAGCCGGCGUUCUUGUGAGGGAUAUUCGCACCUGGAACACCAUUUACUAUCAUGGCUUCAUGGCCAAUCCGUUCGAUGCACUCGUGGAGCAAACACACGCCAACACACGCAUUUACCUGGUGCUGGGUCAUUACUAUGAGCAUGUGGGACUCAUGGUUAGUCUGCAGCAACGUGGACUCUUGGCACGCGGAGAAUACUUUGUGGUGGGCAUCGAUAUCGAGCAGUAUGAUCCUGCGAAGCCGGAGAAAUAUCUGAGCGGCAUGCUGAUGGAGAAAGUGGAACCGCUGGCGGCGCAAGCAUUUCGGUCCUAUCUCGGCAUUGUGCCCACUGCGCCCGUCUCCUUUGCCACAUUCGCCAACGAGGUAAACAAAUAUAUGGAACGAGAACCAUUCAAUUUCCCCAAUCCCUUGGGCGUUUACGGUGGUGCAAAGCAGAUAAGCGCUGAGGCAGCCUAUCUCUACGAUGCCGUUCAUCUGUAUGCGAAUGCUCUGGUCUCUGUGCUGCAGGCUGGCGGUAAACCCAAAAAUGGCAGCGCCAUUGUGGCGGCCAUCAAGGGUUCGCGCUAUCUCAGCGCCAUGGGUUACCAUGUGUACAUCGAUGAGAAUGGCGACGCUGCUGGGAACUAUACAGUAUUAGUGCGUGGCACAGUGCGCAAUAAUCGCAAUCAGACGGUCGUGGGUCUAAUGCCAGCGGGCACCUUUAGUCACAGGGGCAGCAGCAGUAGCAGCAACAGCUCCAAUAGCAGCAGCAGCAACGAUGCACUGUCCGAUCUGAAAUUGUAUCACCACAUUGACUGGGUGGGCGGUGUGCGUCCUGCGGCCGCGCCACGCUGUGGUUUUGGUGGCGAGAACUGCGUUAAUUAUACUGGCGAAAUCUCGGCGGGCAUUGCUGGUGGUGCUUUGCUUCUACUUGGACUUGUUUCGCUGGUGCUUUAUCGCAACUGGCGCUAUGAGCAAGAACUGGACAGUCUGCUCUGGAAGAUUGACUUUCGGGAGGUGCAAGUGCAUGAAAAUGAACGCGAGCAACAGAGUCUCAAGCAAACACGACAUUCGUUAAAUCAAUUGCCGCGUCGUCUUCCUUCGCAGUCCACCCAUCCACUAAUACGUACCAGCCAGGUCAGUCUCAGCUCCAAUCCGGAUGCGGACUUUCGCUAUACAACCAUCUUUACCCCCAUUGGACUCUAUAAAGGACAACUUUAUGCCAUUAAAAAGGUGCGCAAGAAGAGCGUCGACAUCACACGCGAAAUGAAGAAAGAAUUGAAGCUGCUGAGGGACGCUCGGCAUGACAACGUAUGUGCAUUUAUUGGAGCCUGCACUGAGCCACCAAACAUCUGCAUCAUCAGCGAAUAUUGCACGCGUGGCAGCCUUAAGGACAUAUUGGAGAACGAGGACGUCAAGCUGGACAACAUGUUCAUUGCCUCCAUGGUGGCGGACAUUAUACGCGGCGUCAUCUACUUGCACGAAUCGCCCAUCCGCUUCCAUGGCUCGCUGUGCACAUCGAAUUGCCUGGUCGACUCACGUUGGGUGGUCAAGCUGACGGACUUUGGUUUGUUUGCCUUCAAGCAGGGCAUCGAGGACAACUCCACGGACAUGCAGCACAUGUCUGCCAAAUGUCUGAAGUUGCUCUAUCGUGCACCAGAGCUGCUGCGUCAGGGCCCAUCCUCACUGGUGAUGGGCACACAGCGGGGCGAUGCCUAUUCCUUUGCCAUAAUCCUCUACGAGAUGCACGUGCGACGCGGUCCCUUCGGCGAGACGGGUCUGACGCCCAUGCAGUGCCUGCAAAAGGUCAUGCAGCCACAGGAUCAAGUGCAUCCCUAUCGUCCCUCAUUGCAGCCCCUGGAGACGGCCUUCGAUUGCGUCAGCGAGUGCUUGCGGGAAUGCUGGGCUGAACGGCCGGAAGAUAGACCCGAGUUCAAGACAAUUCGAACAAAGCUGCGGCCAUUGAGGAAGGGCAUGCGUCCGAAUAUCUUUGACAAUAUGAUGGCCAUGAUGGAGAAGUAUGCCAACAAUUUGGAGGCACUGGUCGAUGAUCGCACCGAUCAGUUGCAGGAGGAAAAGAAGAAGACUGAUGCGCUGCUGCAUGAGAUGCUGCCGCGCUGUGUGGCCGAUCAGCUGAAGAAGGGACACAAAGUGGAUCCCGAACACUACGAACAGGUCACCAUCUAUUUUAGUGAUAUUGUCGGCUUUACGGCCAUGUCCGCCGAGAGUUCGCCCCUGCAAGUGGUCGACUUUCUCAAUGAUCUCUACACCUGCUUCGAUUCCAUCAUUGGCCACUAUGAUGUAUACAAAGUGGAAACCAUUGGCGAUGCCUAUAUGGUUGUUUCUGGUCUGCCGCUGCGCAAUGGCGAUCUGCAUGCUGCUGAAAUAGCCACCAUGUCCUUGCAUUUGCUCUGCGCCGUCUCCGAGUUUAAGAUACGACAUCGACCCACCAAUCGAUUGCUGUUACGCAUUGGCAUACAUUCGGGACCCGUUUGUGCCGGCGUCGUGGGUCUCAAGAUGCCGCGUUAUUGCCUCUUUGGCGACACUGUCAACACGGCUUCACGCAUGGAAUCGAGCGGUGUGCCUCUCAAGAUUCACUGCAGCUGGCAGUGCCGUCAGCUGCUGGAGCGCCUGGGUGGCUAUCAUUGCCAAGAGCGUGGCGUCAUCUCGAUGAAGGGCAAGGGAGAACAGCGCACCUAUUGGCUAAUGGGUGAGGACGAGGAGGCACGAGUGCGUCGCACCUAUGAGCGCUCCCAGCGUCGUGGCUCACGUGCGUUGAACAAAUUUAUACAGGGCACCAUUAAGCAGGCGCAGGAGCAGACUAACGAUUGCGGCAUACGCUCCUCGCUGAAGCAAAAGAACUUGCCACGUAACUCGCUGACGCGUUCUUCCAGCCUAGAGUCGCCAAAGAAGCUGCGCUUUGCUGCUGGAAAUAUGCUGGAGCAUCAUCGCUAUCACAGUGAUGAGGCUCUGCUGGAAGUGGACUCGUACACGGGACUGCGGCGUUCCUCUGGUGGCUCAACGCAUUCACGUUACGAGGAGUCGACUUUAUCCUGCCAAAGCAUCGAACAUCUCGAUACGCUGCAACCAAAGCGGCGACCUUCUUCCUAUCCAACUGCCGAUACGCCACUGCUGCUGAAUCACGUUGAGGUGUGACCAGGAGGAGAAGGAGGAGGAGCACAUUAUUAAAGUACAGGAAUCAUAAAUAGUAGAAUUUGUCAACAGUAUCUUUAGACGAGUAUUAUCAUGGUGUUCAGCCCUUGUUAGCCCUCUUAUGCUUUAAGUGUUGUCUUCAAACUUAACGGAGGCAUUUCUAGAUGUUGUGUGGAAACUGUAGUAUCAGCAUAUUGUGAGAGUGAUUAUAAAUCUAGUCGUUGCAUAAAACAAAUACGCUAGUUUAGCGAGUAGCAUAAUCUUAAAUAUCAAUAAAUAAAUCAUAUAUAUAUGUAACAAA